CUAGUAACUAACAUCUACUAUAAGUUAUAUGAAUAUAUAUGUAUAAUACAGGGACAAAGUCAGAUAAUGGAAUCAUAACAGAAUGGUACGAAUCGGAUAUUGUCACAGAUAGAAAAUCACGUUUCCAAGGUAGACAUGUUACAAUAAAUCUGGCAGAUGAGAUACCUAAUAUACUAUCACAACUUCUACAACAAAACAAGAAUAUUAAAAAGACAGCUAGUCAUCCACAUAUUAUAGCUUGGCAAACAGGAACUUUAGUAAAUGAUAAUAAAUAUAUCAAUGUUAAUCAAGGAUUUCAAGAUAAUGGUGAGAAAGGAGCUGGAUCAAGAUUAUUAAAUCAAGUGUUGGUUAAUAAUAAUAUAUUUAAUGUAUUGGUAAUAAUCACAAGAUGGUAUGGAGGUAAUCCAAUUGGAAGUCUGAGAUUUCGACAUGUUGUGAAUUGUGGAUUAAUGAGUUUACGAAAGGCUAAUAAAAUAUGAGUAUCAUUAGUACUUUAAUUAACUAAAGUUUCAGAGAUACGAAUACAU